GAGGUUCUCCAGAAAUCAAUAAUUUCUCCAGGUAAAUCGCGAAGCAGAUGUUUCAAGCGAUUCCUUUUUCUCCAGGAAAUUUUCUUAUGCUUUGAUCGGAAGUCUUCAUGUUUUUUUGUUAUCUUAUUCAAGGACAAGCCGUCGCUGCAAGUCUUCAUGUUUAAUCUUUUGGGGGAAAGUUGAUUGUGUGGCUUCCUAAGCAGGGCAGAAAUAACUCAAAUAAGAUGAAGCAAAGAGAGGGAUCCAAGUAUGAAAUAGAGAUGGAAUUGGAUAAAAUCAGCAGCUUACCAGGCCACAUCAUCGACCAAAUUUUGUCACAGUUGCCAAUUAAGGAUGCUGUGAGGACAAGUGUUUUGUCAAGUAAGUGGAGGUACAGAUGGGCCAAAAUUCCACAUCUGGUGUUUGAUAAUAAGUGUGUCUCAGUUCCUUCCGAAGACCAAACGUUUGGCAAGAAUAAGCUUACCCACAUUAUUGACCAUGUGCUUUUACUUCACAAUGGCCCAAUACAAAAGUUCAAACUCUCUCACAGGGAUCUUAUUGGUAUCUGUGACGUUGAUAGAUGGAUUCUUUAUCUAUCAAGAAGUACAAUCAGAGAAUUUGUGCUAGAAAUAUGGAAAGGGCAGCGCUACAAGCUGCCUUCUUGCUUAUUCUCCUUUGAAAAUUUGAUCCAUUUGGAGCUAUUCAAUUGUUUGCUUAAACCUCCAUCAACAUUCAAAGGCUUCAGGAGUCUGAAGAGCCUUGACCUUCAGCAUAUUACCUUGGCUCCGGAUGCAUUUGAAAAUCUAAUUUCUAGCUGUCCUCUGCUGGAGAAAUUGACAUUGAUGAACUUUGAUGGUUUCACCCAUCUGAAGAUUGAUGCUCCGAAUCUCCAAUUUUUUGACAUUGGAGGUGUUUUUGAAUACAUUAGUUUUGAGAGUACCUUUCAAUUAUCUUUAGUUUCCGUUGGCUUGUAUGCGAAUAAAAAUGCCAGAAAUGUGUCUCUGGAGGCUAUUAAGUGGCAUAGUUUCUUCACUGACCUGCCCCAUGUCAGAAGGCUUGAGAUUCAGUGUUUUUUUUUAAAGUAUUUGGCUGAUGGCGGUGCACCAAGGAUGCUGCCUAAACCAUGUCUUGAUCUAAAUUACCUUUCUUUGCGUAUAAAUUUCAAUGACCGGGAGGAGAAUUCAGCCGCGCUUUGCAUCUUAAGAAGCUCUCCUAAUCUACUAGAACUAGAGUUGUUGGUUCGUUCAGAGGAACAAAAUGCAGUGGAAGAACUUACAUACGGCUGGGUUCAGGACCAUUGGAAGUGUCAUUUGGAGCACCUGCGACUAGUGAAGAUAGUCGGCAUUUCCGGUGUCAGAUACGAGCUGGAUUUCAUUAGGUUUAUGCUUCUUUCCUCUCCUGCGCUUGAGAGGAUGACUAUUAAGCCUGCUUCCUCUGAUGGAGGAUGGGACUUGAUGAAAGAAUUGCUGCGCUUCCGACGAGCCUCAGUGCAAGCUGAAAUUGUUUAUAUGGACCCAUAAUUUAUGUCUCUGAGUUUGGAGUUUGGAUGCCUUUGAUGACUUGAGCAUGUAAAUAGUAUUGUGAACCCUUCUCAGUCUGCUAUAUACAUGCGUUCUUGAUGAUUUACAAUCCUAGUAAAUGGGAUCCCAGUCAUCAGUAGUGGAUGUGUUACUCUAUAGUUCAAUUAUCAGAUUUUGCGGCUCCUUAUAUUUACAUCAGUCAAGAGACAAGAUCUAUUAUUGGGAUGACUGUGAUCUUAUUUACUGAGAUUCCUAAUAUUUUUGUUUAUUGUAUUGUAAACUUCUGUGAGAUAUUA